AUGCCCCGCCUGACCGCUCUGCUCCAUGCCUGCUUCCUUCUCCCGUGCCUUCCCCCGAGUGUGCACGCCGCAGGACACGCGUCUGCACACAAACAUGCAUUCACCGACCAACCGCGGCUUUCUGCCGCCGGUCCUCAGCAGCUUCUAUUCCCCUCUUCCAACCAGGUGCCAGCGGAGCCAAAGGACGCCACAGCUCUCGCAUUGCCCUUUGACCCCCUGCAAGAACUCCGCACGGCUCUGAGUUUCAUGCAGAGCGAGUACUUUGCGGUAUGGCUUGGUACAUGGCCGUCGGGGAUCGAUUGGACUCGAGCCGUCUUCAAUACCCAUCUCGCCGCUACCACCAAUUCUCUGAGCCGCGCUCUACACGCUUCCUCCCGUUAUGGCCGUCGCGUGGAAGACACGGGAAUACUUGAUGAUGAAAUCAAUCGAUAUUUUACACAUAAUGUGGCGUAUUACUUUGGAGAAGACGCGUUCGCCAUCCGCUACCAAGCCUUUGAUGACAUACUUUGGGUCGUACUGGGCUGGCUCGACAGCAUCAACUUCAUCCGCACCCACUCCGCUCUCCAUUCCCGCUGCCCUCACAUGACCGAUGGAGACGAUUUCGAACGAGUCGCUUGGCACGGGGAGCAGUUCAUCCACGCCUUUGCCCAUCGAGCUCGCGUCUUCUGGGAACUGACUACCGUCGGCUGGGAUACGAAGCUCUGUGGCGGAGGGAUGGUGUGGAACCCCCGCCUCGGCCCUUACAAGAACGCCAUUACCAAUCAACUCUUUAUCACGGCAUCCGUUAGCAUGUAUCUCUAUUUCCCCGGGGAUAACAAUACUUCGCCGUAUAUGGUGCACACGCUUAACGACAGGCUCGGCCGAUUCGACGCGGAGUUCCUGAAUGCUGCCAUCAAAGGCUAUGACUGGCUGAAGGACGUGGGAAUGACCAACGAUCAAGGGCUGUAUGUGGAUGGCUUUCAUGUCCGCAAUUGGAAGAACGGCGGAACAAAGUGUAAUGACCGUAACGAGAUGGUGUACACCUACAACCAAGGCGUGAUUCUCUCCGGCCUCCGAGGGCUAUGGGAGAGCACCGGCAACAACUCUUACCUCGAGGACGCCCACGAGCUUGUGCGAAACGUAAUGAAGGCGACCGGAUGGCACGCAAACGACAACAUGCCUUCCGACAGCAACCAAUGGGCUGGUCUAGGGCGGCGAGGGAUCUUGGAAGACGCAUGCGACUCGAGCGGGAGCUGCAACCAAGACGGCCAAACGUUCAAGGGCAUCUUCAUGCAUCACCUCUCUCUGCUAUGCGAACCUUUGCCUUUGCGCCCCAGGGUACCGGGCAAGACGUACUGUGCAGACAAGCAGACCGCUUUCCUGCAUCGUCAGAGUUGCAAGCAGUACUCUCACUGGGUCGCGCAUAACGCGCAAGCUGCUCUGUGGAGUCGGGACGAGAAGGGCAGGUUUGGUGCUUGGUGGGGCGUGAGGGACACUGACGCUGUGGCGGCCACACAACUUCCGCCCAGAGCGAUCGACUAUCGAAACGACCCGGAUGCGCUGCAGGAAGAGCUAUGGCUGAACACAAAGGAUAGCGAUUGGAUGGAAUCCAUCGACCAGCAGCUCGGCGAGAACUUCCAACCCCGAACAAACUUCCCUGCAACCCAGCUUCCGGCAUCAAACCACGAACAAAAGCCCAAUACCCAAGGCGUCAACGACCGCGGCCGAGGCCGCACAGUAGAAACCCAAAGCGGCGGCGUCGCAGUCCUCAACGCCCUUUGGCGACUGCUGAACAAUGGUGGAUGA